AUCACCUGGUGGAGAUUUGAAAUCUGGCACCGAUAUAUAUAGAUAAUUUUUUUUGUCCCUUGGAUCCAUGAUGUCUGCCAUAGAUUUUUGGAUGCCAAUUAUUAUUUGUCUAAAAAUCCUCUCAUAAACCACACGUCAGAAUGAUAUGACAUCAUGCAGGACUCUGAGGAUCCUGAACGUGGAGGGGAACCAGCUGGUGGCGCUGCCCUGCGGGGCGCUGCGACUCGGCCUCACACACCUCCGAGUGGCACGAAACCUCAUGCACCCGCGUUUCCUGCACACCUUCAGCAGGAGGUCGGCCCAGACGCUGCUGGACUUGGCCUCUCUGGCUCUGUGGAGGACUGAGCCCCAGCUGAGAUACUCCACGCUGCCCCCUGCAGCUCAGAGCGCUCUCAGCAGGCUGCUGUGGUCCCUGGUCCUGCCCUGCGUGUACCUGAGCCUGGUGCUGACUCUGCUCCUGGUCCUGGCCGUGCUGGGCGUCCGCCUGUGGCUGCAGGGCCGCCGCAAGGCCCGGGGGGCCCGGGACAGCAGCCCGGCCGUGGCCUUCUUCCACCCGUACUGCCACGCCGGAGGAGGCGGCGAGAGAGUGCUGUGGUGCGGCCUGAGAGCCCUGCAGACCCGGUACCCCAGCUUCUCCUUCGUGGUUUACACAGGAGACGAGGGGGUGAGCGGGGAGCAGAUCCUGGAGGGAGCCCGGCAGCGGUUUAACAUCACGCUGCCCCGGCCCGUCACCUUCGUCUUCCUGCGGCACCGCGUGCUGGUGGAGGCCCGCUCCUACCCCCACUUCACCCUGCUGGGCCAGAGCCUGGGCUCCAUGUUUCUGGGUUGGGAGGCGCUGACGGCCUUCGUCCCAGACCUGUACGUGGACUCGAUGGGUUACGCCUUCACUCUGCCCGUCUUCCGUUACCUGGGAGCCUGCAAGGUGGCGAGCUACGUCCACUACCCGACCGUCAGCACCGACAUGCUGUCAGUGGUCCGAGAGAGGAACCCCAGGUUUAACAACGCAGACUUCAUCUCCAGGAACCCGGUGCUGAGCGCCGUCAAGGUGCUGUACUACUGCUGCUUCGCUCUGCUCUACGGAUUGGCCGGCUCCUGCAGUGAUGUCAUCAUGGUGAACUCCACCUGGACGCUGGGUCACAUCCUGGCCCUGUGGCGCUCGCCCAGCCGCACCGGCGUGGUGUACCCGCCCUGCGACGUGCGCGCCUUCCUGGAUGUCCCGCUGGACGAGGACGAGGAUGAGGACGGCUGGGAGGAGCUGGGAGGCGGAGAGGAGGAGGAGGAGGAAGGGGGAGGAAGAGGAGGAGGAGGGGGCGGGGACAGGAAGUGCCACUCCAUCGUGUCGGUGGGUCAGUUCCGGCCGGAGAAGGACCACCGGCUUCAGAUCCGGGCGUUCCGCAACCUGCUGGACAGGAAGGGCUCGGGGCCGGGCGGCCGGGAGGCGCUGCGGCUGGUGCUGGUGGGCGGCUGCAGGAACCAGGAGGACGAGGAGCGCGUGCUGAUGCUGCGCGGCCUCUGCCACGAGCUGGGCGUCGCCGACCGCGUCCACUUCAAGGUCAACGUGCCCUUCGACGAGCUCAAGAGGGAGCUGGUGGACGCCACCAUCGGCCUGCACACCAUGUGGAACGAACACUUUGGCAUCGGUGUGGUGGAGUGCAUGGCUGCAGGUACGAUCGUUUUGGCCCACAAGUCUGGCGGUCCCAAGCUGGACAUCGUGGUUCCAUAUGAGGGCGGUCAGACGGGCUUCCUCGCCGACAGCGAGGACAGCUACGCUGCCGCCAUGGAAACCAUCCUGGCUCUGUCUCCGGCCGCUCGGCUGGAGAUCCGACGCACCGCCCGGCGCUCCGUCCAGCGCUUCUCUGACCAGGAGUUCGAGGCCUGUUUCCUGGCCGCCAUGGAGCCGCUGAUGAUGAAGCUGGAGCGGUGAGGAGUGGAGACGAGGCUCUUUAUUUAUUUAUUCUGAGCUGUUUGAGCGCUGAAGAGAAGAGGAGCGGGCACGGCCACUAAUUCAAACUUGAUUUACUAAAAGCUGAAGUCUCGGCGCCGUAACCACGCUGAGCUCUCAGUGCUCCGAAGGUCCCAGCGAACACCACAACCUCCAUGUCCACUUCCUGCUCAUCCAUCACACCAAGAAGCUUCUCCAGUGACUCUGCAGUGUCAAUUCCACUUCCUGCUCUGUGCACAGAAGGUCCUCGGGCGGCAGGUGAGCCGGCAGGUAGACGCUUUCCGGUUCACGUGAGACACAAACUGUCAGAAACCAAAGGAAAUGUCAGCAAACCUCUGUGGUUUUUCUCUGUAGUCAUUCCUUCAUUUUCCUCUCACACCUCCAUGUUUGAUAGUCAGACAAUCCCAGCAUGUAGAAGCCCCGCCCACUGAGUUUCAUUGGUUCAGAAGAUCAGCCAAUCAGAGCUCUUAGGGCCCAAGCGAAACAAGUGCACCUGUUAGAUUUUCUUUAACAAAUAUUAAAAUAUUGUUCCUGCACAGGGUGUCUGCAGGUCCUUACAACAUCUUACAUCAUUAUUAUUAGUAUUAUUGUUUUACAAAUAUCAGGCCUUGAAAGUCAUUGGAAGGUCUUAAACUCGACUUCAACAUAAAACAUUUAAUCUCAUUUCAUUCAUCCAUGUAUUUCUAUAAACAUCUCCUUAUGGAAGAACUCCAUUCAUUUUAUACUUAGCAGCAGACAGAAACCUUCCACAGGUGAGUCACCUGGGAGGUUCUGUGGAUUUAUCACAAGGCCACCUAAAGUUACUUAAGUUUGUUAAGUUUAUAAAAACUUAACAGACUUAACUUGUUCAUAACAACCACAUUCCUACCUAAAAGUCACCUCUGCACUCGAUGACAAACAGGAUUUACCUUUAAACUCACCUCAAAUGUUGAUUUGUAGAAGAAAAAGAUUAUUUGUCCAAAAAAAGGUCUUCAGUUUAGUUAAGCUCCGUCUUACAGAGCAUUGAACCCUGCAGACACCCCGCACACACCCUGCAGCUCUCCAUGCACCCUGCAGACGCCGUGCACACACCCUGCACACGCCCUGCAGCUCUCCAUGCACCCUGCAGACGCCGUGCACACACCCUGCACACGCCCUGCAGACACCCCGCACACACCCUGCAGCUCUCCAUGCAGCCGCUCAUGCUGUGGUGUUUAGCAGCUUUAAGGGCAGUGUGUUCAAAUGCUAAUAAACAUGCUGACAUAAUUCUGUGUAAUAUUUUUUAGUGUUGGCUGCCGUGCUGACGUGAUGGAGGAUAAAGUGCAUGUGUGAAAACGUGGAUCUGACACAUUUCCAACUCGCUCCAUUUUAGUUUCCCAGUGUUUCUGACUUUUGCCAGAUAAGAAAAGGAUGGACGGAGUAGAAAUUUUUCCUUUCAUCACGUUCCAAAAAAGUGAGAUGUAUCAUUUGAAAAACUAGCAUGGGAGUAAAAUACUAUAUAUGGGUGUUAAUACGUUAAUAUUGAGGUUUUGAAUUACUUGGUUUUGCUUUUAGUUUUGAUUUUGAUGAUUGUAUCAUCUUUGCUUUUGAAAUCUUGUCUGCUAAGUUUCAGACAGCAGAUUCUGUCCAAAACGGAUGAAUGAAACUCAUUAUGUUUGAAGAUUGGUCUUAAUUUUCUGUGUCGAGGAAGUUUGUUGUGAAAUUAAGAAAUUUCCUCCUCGACGUUCUGUCUUAAUGUUUGAUGUUCUGUUUACGUUCCAGAAGCACUUCAGACCACCGGCAUUUAGGCCGAGUCUCUUAUUUAAAUGUUAAAAUAUUGUUCACUUUGACUUCAUCUUUGUUUGUGAUCAAGAUAAGGCACGGAAAUAUGUCACAUAUGAAAGAGUCUUUUAUUUUGGAGGAGGUAUUACUGAUAAGUCCUUGUGGUUGUUUGGACUUUGUCUCACUUUAACAGUUCUGCUGAAAGUGCAGCUUACAGCUUGUGUAAAUUAGAAAUGACAGCACAGGGCUAAAUCCUGGAAGAUACGCUUUCUGUUUUCUAUUUCCUGCACAGAGGUGAAGAAUCACAGUCAGGGCGAGAGCUCGAUCAGAUCUGCACUGAUGCUGAGUGACAAACAGAUUACUGCCCAGACGGCUGGGAAAUCACUGCCAGUGACGAGGCAAAGUCCAGCUGGUACUAUUAUUAUUAUUAUUAUUAUUAUUAUUAUUAUUAUUUGUGAUCGCAAGGAAGUUGGUCUGUUUUAUCUGGAACAAACUAUUAAGAGACACGUUUUGCAUUUGAAAAAAAAACCAAAGAAACAAAAAACUAGUCAGCAGGUAGAAGAGUGAAAAGUAGAUCUUGGGAUUUCCCAGCGAUUUUCCUGUCCUGCUCCUGAUGAUGAUGAUGAUGAUGACUUUGUUUUUUCAGCUUCUUUGCUGCGUCAGAGCCUCAGUGUAGAUUUGACUGAGUUCCAGUCCAAGUUAGGAGAAAGAGCGGAGACAUUCCAGUUUGUUGUUCACAGUCCGACUCACAAUAAAGGAUCUCAUGUC